UUCUCCAGUGUCCACUGUCAUCCCAGCUACCCAAGUUCUGCUUACACUCUCCCCUCUGCGGAUGGCUGAUACGCAGGUUCGAAUCGGAAUACUCGGAUGCGCCGAAAUAGCCCGAAAGGUCUCGCGGGCCAUUUCGCUCGCUCCCAACGCUACGGUCGCCGCCAUUGGUAGCCGCUCUCUCGACAAGGCCAAGGCCUUUGCGUCCGCCAACAACUUGCCCCCAUCCAAGAUCUACGGCUCCUACGAGGCCGUCCUCGACGACCCGAACGUCGACGCCGUAUACGUACCCUUACCCACCAGUCUGCACGCCCGGUGGGCCGUCCUGGCCGCCCAGAAGAAGAAGCACGUGUUGCUCGAGAAGCCCGUCGCCCUCAACGCUGCCGAGUUCGACACCAUCAUCGAGGCUUGCGACACUAAUGGGGUGCAGUUCAUGGACGGCACCAUGUGGAUGCACCACCCUCGGACCGCCAAGAUGAGAGAGUUCCUCUCUGAUAAACUGCGUUUCGGGCAGCUCAAAUUAAUAAACAGCUGGUUUACACUUGGCGUCGAUCCUGAAUUUCUUAAGAAAGACAUUCGCGUGAAGCCAGAUCUUGACGCGCAAGGUGCUCUUGGAGAUGUUGGUUGGUAUGCCAUCAGGGCAAUCCUGUGGGCUGCUGACUAUGAGUUGCCAAAAAAAGUAAUAGCCUUGCGCGGGCCUGUGUUUAAUGAAGCAGGAGUGAUUAUGUCUUGUGGUGCUACUCUAUAUUGGGAAGAUGGGCAAAUUGCAAACUUUUACUGCUGCUUCUUGUCACAUCUGACUAUGGAUUUAACCGCUAUUGGCACUAAGGGUACUUUACGUCUUCAUGAUUUUGUUGCCCCUUUUGAAGAGCACAAAGCCUCAUUUUAUGCCGGGACAGAGUUAGGAUUCAAUGAGCUCGUGACAGCAUGGGCACCACAGCCAAGUGAGCACACUGUCACCACACAUCUUCCUCAGGAGGCUCUGAUGGUGAGGGAAUUUGCCAGUUUGGUAGAAGCCAUUAAAGUGAAGGGUUCGAGACCUGAGAAGAAGUGGCCAACCAUCAGUAGGAAGACACAACUGGUAAUGGAUGCAGUCAAGGCAUCGAUUGAGAGAGGUUUUGAGCCUGUUGAGCUCGGGAGCUGAGCGAAAUGUCUUUGCACCGUGUGGUUUCUCAUGUUAAUUGCUUGUGUAAUAAGGCCAUUGUCAUUGUGCUCAUCAUGUGUCUAUGUAUGUUUAAUUAUCAUUUUCCUUCAAUAAAAAUUUAACUCCGGUUCGGAACGAA